AUGGCGUUCAAUUUUGGCGGCGGAGUGGCGUCAAAUCCGGCAGCUAGCACAACUGGGUUUUCAUUUGGUUCCUUUGGCGCGAAGACCACUGCACCAACAGCUUUUAGCUUCGGCACCCCCGCAACCACCACUACGGCAGCCUCUGGAUUUGGCACUCUCACAGCUCCGAGUUUUGGCACAGCGACCACCACUGCUGCAGCACCAGCAACAGGAUUUUCUUUUGGCUCCACCAGUACGGGAUUUGGGGGGCUGGGAGCUGGAAGCUCUGCGGCUGGUGGGUUUAGUUUUGGGGGGUUCGGUUUAAAUGCCAACCCGGCGGCCACGGCAGUGGGGUUUAAUCCGGGCUGCUUUGGCACGGCAUCCACCGUUGCCAGUGUUUUCAAUUUUGGCAAUAGCUUGGCUAGCACAGGCACUUUUGGUAAUUUCGGCACAACCACAACCAGUGCUGCUGCACCAGGUUCCACGUUUAGCUUUGCACCCGCUUCAAAUGCCACAGGAAGCCUAUUCGGAAAUGCUCAAAACAAAGGAUUUGGUUUCAGCACAGGCCUCGGUACCGGGACAGGGACUGGCACCACUGGAUUCGGAACGGGACUAGGAACGACCAGUCUUGGUGGGUUUGGUGGCUUUAAUCUCCAGCCCACUCAGCAGCAGCAGGGAGGCUUGUUUGGUCAGCCCGCCCAGCCGCAGGCCCAGCCCAAUCAGCUGUACCAACAGGUGACAGCUUUGUCGGCACCCACCUUGCUUGGGGAUGAGCGUGACUCCAUUUUGGCCAAAUGGAACCAACUGCAGGCCUACUGGGGCACAGGCAAAGGCUACUUCAGCAACAACAACCCCCCUGUGGAAUUUAACCAGGAAAACCCCUUCUGCAGGUUCAAGGCGGUAGGGUAUAGCUGCGUGCCAAUUAGCAAGGACGAGGAUGGCCUGGUGGUCUUGGUCCUCAACAAAAAGGAAGCAGAUGUACGAGUGCAGCAGCAGCAGCUGGUGGAGUCACUGCAUAAGGUUCUGGGAAGCAACCAGACAUUGAGUGUCAACGUGGAUGGCGUCAAAUCCCUGCCCAAUGACCAGACGGAGGUAAUCAUUUAUGUGGUGGAGCGCUCCCCUAACGGCACGUCCAAGCGUAUUCCCGCCUCCACACUCUUCACAUACCUGGAGCAGGCCAGCGUCAAGGUGCAGCUCACACAGCUAGGUGUGGCAAUGUCAGUUACGCGCACUGAGCUCACACCAGCACAGCUCAAACAGCUUCUACAGAAUGCCCCAGCUGGGGUGGACUCCAUUAUCUGGGAGCAAGCUAAGGUGGACAACCCUGAUCCAGAGAAAUUGAUCCCAGUUCCCAUGGUGGGCUUUAAAGAGCUGCUUCGUCGCCUUCAGAUCCAGGAGCAAAUGACCAAACAGCAUCAGACAAGGGUGGAUAUCGUAUCCAAUGACAUAAGUGAGCUCCAGAAAAACCAGGCAACCACUGUGGCCAAGAUCGCACAAUACAAAAGGAAGCUGAUGGACCUCUCACACCGCGUGCUGCAGGUGUUGAUCAAACAGGAGAUCCAAAGAAAAAGUGGAUAUGCCAUCCAGGUGGAUGAGGAGCACCUCAGGGUGCAGCUUGACACCAUUCAGUCGGAACUCAAUGCCCCUACACAGUUUAAAGGUAGAUUGAAUGAGCUGAUGUCCCAAAUCCGCAUGCAGAAUCACUUCGGGGCGGUGCGCGCGGAGGAACGCUACAACGUCGACACGGACCUCCUCAGAGAAAUUAGACAACACCUAAAGCAGCAGCAGGACGGUUUGAGUCACCUAAUCAGCGUCAUUAAAGAUGACUUGGAAGACAUGAAACUUAUUGAGCAUGGACUGAGUGACAGCGGGCAUGCACGAGGCAGCAUCCUGAGCUGA